AUGCCGUUACGGGGCGGCCUGGGCGGCACCCGCGCCCUGGGCCUCCUGGUCCUGGUCCUGCUCUUGCUGCGGCUCCCGGAGGCCCGGGACGGAAACGGCGGUGGCUCCACCGACACCGACACCGACACCGACACCGACACCGACACCGCCCGUCGCUGCUGCGGCCACCAGACCAUGCGGAUCGUGGGCGGGAGGCCGGCGGCGGAGGGGCAGUGGCCCUGGCAGGUGAGCCUGCAGAUCAAGGACGAGCACGUGUGCGGGGGCUCCCUCAUUGCCAACCGCUGGGUGUUGACCGCCGCCCACUGCAUCUACGGCCACCUGGAUUACACGGCGAAGGUAGGAGGCAUCCACGUGCAUCACGCGUCCAAAAUGGCAGUCCGAGUCCCGGUGCGAGACAUCGUCAUCCACCAGGAUUACAGCACGUUCAAGACGAUCGAGAACGACAUCGCGCUGGUCCUGCUCGAGUUCCCUGUGAAUUACUCCACCCACAUCCAGCCGGUGUGCUUCCCCGAGAAGACUUUCAUGGUGCAAACGGAUACCGACUGCUGGGUGACUGGGUGGGGAAAACUACACGAAAAAGACCCUAAGGAGGCAGCCCCCGAAUUGCUCCAGGAGGCUGAGCUAAAAAUCAUUCGCCAUGAGAAGUGUAAUGAGAUCCUCAAGAAAAAGUUGGGAACCAGGUUUGACGUAGUCAGGGAAGGGUGUGUCUGUGGUUACACCGAUCUCGGAAAGGAUUCCUGCCAGGGAGAUUCUGGGGGCCCCCUGGUCUGUGAAUUUAAUAACACCUGGGUCCAGGUGGGGAUUGUGAGCUGGGGCAUCGGCUGUGGCCGCAAAGGAUAUCCUGGAGUUUACACAGAAGUUAGUUUCUUCAAGGACUGGGUCAUUGAUCAGAUGAGCCAGGCUUCUUCUCAAGACUCAGCAGUCCUCCCCACCCUGCCCCUGUGUCUGGUGCUGUCCCUGGGCGUCUUGGUGACCUUGUGACCACAGGCUUGCUCCCUCCUGUUUCUGAGUCUCCCUCGAGGCCUCUCCUCCCAUCUCCCUCCCCUCAGUGCCCUCCCCUCACAUUCCCGUUGGGACCCACUAGCUCUGUGGAGCCACACAACAGAGAGUAGAAGUGAGACUGGAGUCCCCGAAAGUGUCCUGCCUGGUGCUCCAGUCCCUGGCCCCGGCCCUGCCUACACCUGCUGGGAGGGAGGCUGAAACCAUCCAGCUCCGGGGCCAGCUGGCCUGCCCAGGAGAACAGGUGCCGCAUGGACGUCUCGGAGAAGUUCUACCGAGGAAGAGACGCCAUCAGCGCUGGACACUGUUAGACCCAGUGGUUUCAGGCUCUCGCCUGAUACUGUCAAACCAGUCAGCUUGGUGAUUGUCCAGAGAGAGUGAGCGAGGUGCCACCCUGCUGUGGUGUGAUUUCCACGGGACUCGGUUGUCUGUGGUGGGGAGAAGUUCCUGCACCCCAUGUGGAUCCACCUGUGAGUGCCAGCCUCUGCCACGUCAGCCUCCUGGGUCAACCUGGUCUCGGAACCCCCUCCCUCAGUGCCCUGGUGGCCACAUCCAGGCUCACCCCAUGUUGUGUUGAGACAGGAAGGAGUGCCGAGAUUUCUGACGUCAGUCGAAUAAAUGUUUGGAGAAUGUCUUGUG